AUGGCGACGAAGAAGAGCGUUGGAUCACUGAAGGAAGCUGAUCUGAAAGGGAAGAGGGUGUUCGUGAGAGUGGAUCUCAAUGUCCCGUUGGACGAUAACUUCAACAUCACCGACGACACAAGGAUUCGCGCUGCCGUCCCUACCAUCAAGUAUCUGAUUGAGAAUGGCGCUAGAGUCAUCCUUUCCUCCCAUCUGGGACGUCCAAAAGGUGUCACCCCUAAGUACAGCUUGAAGCCUCUCGUGCCCAGAUUGUCUGAACUGCUUGGCCUUGAGGUCAAGAUGGCAGAUGAUUGCAUUGGUGAAGAAGUCGAGAAACUGGUUGCUUCCCUGCCAGAAGGAGGUGUUCUGCUCCUGGAGAAUGUCAGGUUCUACAAGGAAGAGGAAAAGAAUGAUCCUGAGUUCGCCAAGAAGUUGGCAUCUCUUGCAGACUUGUAUGUUAAUGAUGCUUUCGGAACUGCCCAUAGAGCCCACGCUUCCACUGAAGGAGUAGCCAAGUAUUUGAAGCCUGCUGUGGCCGGAUUUCUGAUGCAGAAGGAGUUGGAUUACUUGGUGGGAGCUGUAGCGAAUCCGAAGAAGCCAUUUGCUGCCAUUGUUGGUGGUUCGAAGGUUUCGACCAAAAUUGGUGUCAUUGAGUCCUUGUUGGCUAAGGUUGACAUCCUCUUGCUCGGUGGUGGUAUGAUCUUUACAUUCUACAAGGCCCAAGGGUACUCUGUUGGAUCUUCGCUUGUUGAGGAGGAUAAGCUUGACCUUGCCCUAUCCCUCAUGGAGAAGGCCAAGGCUAAAGGAGUAUCCCUUUUGCUUCCCACAGAUGUUGUCGCUGCUGACAAGUUCGCUGCCGAUGCAAACAGCAAGAUUGUUCCAGCUUCUGGAAUCCCCGAUGGGUGGAUGGGUUUAGAUAUUGGACCUGACUCGAUCAAGACAUUCAAUGAAGCCUUAGACACCACUCAGACCAUCAUUUGGAAUGGUCCCAUGGGUGUUUUUGAGUUUGACAAGUUUGCUGCAGGAACUGAGGCUAUAGCCAAGAAGUUGGCCGAGCUCAGUGGCAAGGGGGUGACAACUAUCAUCGGAGGUGGUGACUCUGUUGCUGCUGUGGAGAAGGUUGGACUUGCUGAUAAGAUGAGCCAUAUCUCAACUGGAGGUGGUGCAAGCUUGGAACUCCUUGAAGGAAAACCGCUACCCGGAGUUCUUGCUCUCAAUGAUGCUUAA